AUGACGGACAUAGAGUCGGAUAGAAUUAGUUGCUUGCCGGAUCAACUUAUAGAUUAUAUUCUCUCACAUUUGCCAAUUAAGGAUGCAGGGAGAACCAGUGUUUUAUCCCGCAAAUGGGGGAGGAAAUGGUCCACACAACCAUAUCUUCUUUUCGAUAAACAAUGUGUAUCUACUUUGGGUCUGGAAGACAGUUCAAUUAAACGGCGCAAGUUUUUGAGGAUUGUCGAUCAUGCGACAGAGAAGAAGACUAUGAUUGUAACACCGGCUUCAUACUGCAUGGAAGAUAUCUUUUCAGAGCCAGACGUUUCCCUCGGAUUGCGAUAUGUUAGCAUAGAGGAUGUCUCUGGUGCCAAAUUUGAAUUAGAUUUUAUCAAAUUUUUACUUCUAUAUUCUCCUUUGUUAGAGAAGAUGAUUGUGAAGCCUAUUCUAAAUGCCAAACCGGAGAUGAUGAUGAUGAUAGAAUUAAUCCGUUUCAAGAGAGCGUCGAGACAUGUCGAAGUUAUUUACCAAGGAAUAGAUUCUUCAUAG